AUGAUCACGCCGGUUUCAGGACAAGCAUGGUUUUUCUGACAUUUGCGAACAUGGCAAGGAAAGUCGUCAGACUUGAUAAGUUCUGGAGAAAGGAAAUGUACAAGCGCAUGUCCUGGCACUUUUAUGGGCGAAAGCGGAACUGUUUCAGCAUAGCUGUGCGAUAUGUGAGAAGGGCAUUGCGAUACUCCACACAGUCGCGGGAGUUGAAGAAAAAAUCCCUGACUGAGUUGAGACUUCAGAGAAUUGAAGCAGCAUGUCAGGAACAUGGGAUGUCAGCGAGGACCCUUCAGAAUGGUUUAGUACAGUCAAAUGUUGCCCUCAACAAGAAAAUCCUGGCAGACCUGGCCAUUUAUGAACCUAGAACCUUUUCAAGUUUGGUUGAUUUUGUACAUAAAAGGAAUUCUGCACUGGGACUGUCACCUGAGGGUUACCCCAGGCCAAGUGGAUAUUUAAAUCGAGAAAUGAGGUGACAUUCUACCUGGGGAUCAGUUACAUGAACAAUUUUUGCCAACCAAAACUGGCAGUAUCUAGCACUGUGCUAGAAAAGAAACAAUAGCAUGUGUGUGACAUGAAGUGGAAAGUGUUUUCUAAAAGAUGUUGUAUAGCUACAAAAUGUUCUCCUGAAACAAAAUGACCUAGAAAACAAGUGGUUAUUUAUGCUGAUGUUGUCUGGAAGAGGCGUUGCACAACCGUUGGCUGUUUUGGCCGUUGUAAAGACGAGAUUGAACCCCUUAUCAGAUGUUCAUUGUGAAGAGCUGGUCCUUCACUGGUAAGAGAACUGCUGUUCAGACAUUGCUGCCACACACCCUUAGAUGUUCCACAACUGUUGGAUGUUUCUAGAAAGGUCAAAUAAAAUGUCCAUGAAGACAUGUAGCUGAUCAGCAUAUCCUACCCAGCUCAAUGUUUAAGAGUUUGUGUCGGAAAUAAUUCUUGCCAGCAAAUUUUUCACAUGAUGGCUGAGAAAUUGCAUGAAGACACCUUGUUGUAGGGUUCCUCAGAAACUAGGCUGCUGAUCGGGUGUAAGAACCUCAGGAAUGCUGUACCAUGAUUAGCCAGUCCAGUUUGUAGGAAGCACAGUGUGGUUUCUGAUCUUUAUUUACUCCUUAGGUUCUCAUCCAGUUGUCCAAUGGAGCAUAUUUGCGGCCUCAUACUUUGCUGUAAUCCAGGUUUGCCAGCACUUUUGACAUGCCUGAUACUAGGACAGUGCUUGAGUUCUCAUGUUGAUACCGUAUUUACAAUAAAUUAGUAUGGAUCUUAGGUUAUGGCCAACAUUAACCUAUGUUACCAUGAUUAUUUGUCUGUUUCUUUUUUUUUAUUUUGAGUGAAGUUCAAGAAAUUUACAUUUUUCUAUAAUCAUAAUCCAGAGUUUUGUAGCCUUUUGGAUUCCUUCAGGCUACUUGUACCAUUGAGAGGAUAGCAGUUAGCAUAUCAACAGGCUACUGCAUGAACCAUUGAGAGGAUAGCAGUUAGCAUAUCAACAGGCUACUACAUGGACCAUUGAGUGGAUCGCAGUUAGCAUAUCAACAGGCUAAUGCAUGAACCAUUGAGAGGAUAGCAGUUAGCAUAUCAACAGGUUACUGCAUGAACCAUUGAGAGGAUAGCAGUUAGCAUAUCAACAGGUUACUGCAUGAACCAUUGAGAGGAUGGCAGUUAGCAUAUCAACAGGCUACUGCAUGAACCAUUGAGAGGAUAGCUGUUAGUACAUAUACAGGCUACUGCAUGAACCAUU